AUGGUAUCGCCGUGCCUCGCAAAACAAACUCAACAGAAAAUCAAAAUCCUUGGUGAAAACUGGAAAGAUGUGCUCAGGGAAUCUAUAGGAGAAGAUGUAUUAUACGAAAACUGGGGAGGUAGUCGAAAAUCAGAAACUCCGUUUGGUCAUGUUCGAACAGGUGGUAAGGUACCGGUAGAUCUCAGGUACGAUUCUUCUACUGAUUUACCCGCCGAUAAACUGCAAAAACUGGUGAUUUCGGCUAGAUCGAUGGAUUUCGUUCCCAUAGAAGUGGCAGGUUUCGAGGCUGGGCGAAAAAUUACGUGGUGGUGGCGGUUGGACUCGAACGAUAUUGGUUUUGCUGUCUAUCGGGCCGCUCCCGGUCGAGAAAAGGUUGCGGAACAUAUUGACGAUUUUAUGGCUCAUCCAAAGUUCAGACUACAAACUGAUUUCGUACCGGAAGACGGAGAGAUCCUCGCCGAAGAACCCGGUGUGUACAAAUUUGUUUUCGAUAACACUCACAGCAAGCUACGUUCAAAAACCGUGAAGUACUACAUCGAUGUGAAAACUGACCUCAGAAAAUGUUAA